AUGGUCGAAGAAAAAUAUAGGGAGACUGAGCGUAAAGUUGAUGAAGCCGUUCGACUCUACACUCCAGAAUAUUUCAAGCGAAGAAUGAAUUCAUCACCGACUCUACCUCUAUGGAAAUCCGAGUUAAUGGCCAGGAAGCUAUCUAAUGAAACAAUAGAAAAAAUACAAGAAGAAGCUUGGAGGGAAUUCGCAGAAUGGAAACGCCUACACGCACCAUCAGUCACCAUACAACCAGCAUGGCGAAACAAACGUCAACCAUUGCUGUUAUAG